GAUUGAAAGGCCAGUCUCUCUUCCUCCUCGCAGCUUUUAGCCUUUUACCAGUCCACGACACACUCUUGUGAAAAUUCAAUCAAAUCAAGCUACCCGACAGAUUUUCACGAAAAUGUUGUCGAAAUUGUACAAAGCAGGCGAAAAGGCCUUGGCUUAUCUCCUGCACAGCAAGCAGAUUCACAUGGCGUCGAAGAAUUCGGACACUUCUCCCAAAGUUCAGGAGCUUUACGAACUAUGCAACGCGACUCUAACAGGCACAUCUCCUCCUGCUUCCAUGGCUGUCCAGAAAAUCUCCUCCUUACUGGACACGGUAAGUCCUGUCGAUGUAGGGAUCGAAGAGGAAGUACCGGACGAUGAUCGAGGUUAUGGAGUUUCCGGGCUUAACCGUUUUAAUAGAGUUGGGCGAUGGGCACAGCCGAUAACAUUCGUAGACGUACAUGAAUGCGAUAGUUUCACUAUGUGUAUUUUCUGCUUCCCGACUUCAUCGGUGAUUCCAUUGCACGACCAUCCGGAGAUGACAGUGUUCAGCAAAGUGCUAUAUGGGUCCCUUCACGUCAAAGCAUACGACUGGGUCGACCCUCCCUUUUUCAGACAAAACACUGCUCCCGGUCUCCCUCUAGCAAGAUUGGCAAGGUUAUCGACGGAUAGAGUCCUAACCCCGCAGUCGGGGACAGCGGUUUUGUAUCCGAAGAGUGGCGGAAACCUACACUGUUUCACAGCACUGUCUCCAUGCGCAGUGCUCGAUGUUCUCACCCCGCCUUACCAAGAAAACGCAGGCAGAAUCUGCAGCUAUUACGUGGACUACCCGUUUUCCGCCUUCUCAUCCGAUGAAGGGCCGGAGGUCGUGGACGACGGGAAGGAGGACGACUAUGCGUGGCUCGUGCAGGUCGAGACGCCUGACGAUCUCUACAUGCGUCCCGGAACAUAUGUUGGUCCAAAGAUCAAGGUUUAGAAUCAGAACCGUCGAUCUUUCGGGUACGUUAUCGCGUCAAGUUAGGAUCAUACUGUAUCAAAGAUGCAUCAUUUUCUUGUAGAAUCUGUCGGAAAAGACAACUUUCACAGUAUAUAAAUCCGAGAUGCCCAAAAAAAAUACUUUCUUUCGGUUUCGUUGGCGAUCGAUAGAGCCGAAAUUUUUUUACCAA